UCUCUUCUCUCUGCUAAAACAACCACGACUGACAACACCCAAAAGUUUUAGUUUACCUGCUCUCUUUAUAUUCUCGAGGUCGUUCCAGAAAAUUCCAAGCACAAAUCGAAGAUCUUCAACUGUAUUUAUAUGAAGAGCUUUUCUUCUUUUUCAGUCCGUAGACAAGGGAGCAAAGCCAAAAAAUUACAAGAUUUGGAGAACUUUUUUCGCCAUUAUUCUCAAACUGAAGCAAAGAACAAGAAAGAGUAGAAAAGGAAAGAGACUGGUAGAUCAGUCCAAGCUCAGGGAGCCAUUGAAACUCACAAGUUCACAACCACUCCAAGAACAGCAACAUCUGCAUCAACAGCAUAGCCAAGAGUUUUGUAUUCCGUGUUUACGUACAUGAUAUCUUACGUAUUUCAAAAGAAGGGGGAAAAGAAAAACCAUCAAAGAGGGUGCUUUCAACACGUCUCAUAGAAUGAGUCAUCCUCAUGGGGCUUCUUUUGAAAAUAUCGAUCGACAAGGACCCUCUUCCGUUCAAUCUGUUACUGCAGUUACUAGUCCUCACAUGGCUUUAGCGAUUACGUCCGAGACAAGCAGGCAUGUCGCACAAGAAAAUCCAAAUCAGACUUCUAAGUGUGAAGCCUGUAAGAGGCCAACAAGAUUUGAGUACCUUGAACUCUAUCGAGCUGCCCUAGAAGGUAAUUGGGACAAAGCUAAAAUAGUGGUGGAAGAAUAUCCAGAAGCCAUUCGAGAUUCCAUUACAGAAACGUGUGACGUUCUUCACAUUGCAUUCGCAUCAAAACACUCGUCUUUUGUAAAAGAAGUGGUGAGAUUUUUGACCGACAAAGACUUAGAACGGAUAAACGUAAAUGGAGAUACAGCCCUUUGCUUUGCUGCAAAAUUAGGAACUGUGAAAAUUGCUAAGGAGAUGGUUGAUAAGAACAAUAGGCUCCCACUCGUCUGCAGUAGCGAAGAAAGGACACCACUUCACAUAGCAGCAAAGCUCGGAAGAAGAGACAUGACGUCGUAUCUAUGCGAUGUGACUCCUUUAGAAAAUUUGUCUCUCGACGAACGCAUGGAGAUCCUUAUGGCUACUAUUACCAAUGAUAUGUAUGAUAUAGCACUCAAAAUUCUGAAAGAGGAUGAAAAAUUAGCAACUGCAAAAGAUGAAAAGACUAUUGCAGCAUUGCGUGAGUUGGCCAAAAAACCCUUUGUAAUUGGCAGCGAAAGUUGGCUAUCACUCUGGGAAAGAUGCUUCAACUUCGGGUUCAAAGGUAUCCGUGACAAAAUUAACAGACAAGAAUUAGUCCAUGAAAUGGUUAUUCGCGUCUGGAUUGCGGUUCAACAAUUCAAGGACAGCCGGUUCUCAAACAUUUUUCUUCAAACUCCACUUUUUGAUGCUGCAGAAUUUGGGAAUGCUGAAUUUCUAAUUAUACUUAUUCGCUAUUAUCCUGAUAUGAUAUGGACUACGAACUAUUUCCAUCGAAGUUUAUUUCACAUUGCUGUUAUGAACCGGCAAGAGAGUGUCUACAAGUUGAUACAUGAGAUGGGCGCUAUCAAGGAAAUAAUUCUAACCUAUGUUGACGCCUAUAAACAAAACAUCCUGCACUUAGCAGGAAAAUUGGCUCCAAAAACCCGAUUAAAUCUUGUACCAGGAGCAGCCCUUCAAAUGCAACGGGAGUUGUUAUGGUUUAAGGAGGUAGAAAAGAUUGUGCCGCCUUCAUACCCGAAGAUGAGGGAUAAUAAGAACCGAACACCGUGGGAAUUAUUUACAGAGGAGCAUAAAGAACUAAGGAGAGAAGGUGAAAAGUGGAUGAAGGAUACAGUAAACUUUUACAUUAUUGUGGCAACACUGAUUACCGGUGUGGUUUUCGCUGCAGCUUUCACUGUACCGGGUGGCAGCAAUCAAGACACAGGGAUCCCUAUUUUUUUGAAAAAUAUUUGGUUUAGGGUAUUUUUCAUAUCAGAUGCAAUAGCACUAGUCUCCUCUUCGACGUCAAUAUUAAUGUUUUUGUCAAUUCUCACAUCACGUUUCACGGAAAUGGAUUUCGUCGUGUCAUUACCAACAAAGUUGGAGUUGGGAGUCAGCGCACUCUUUAUCUCUAUAGCAGGCAUGCUGGUAGCCUUCAGCGCAACCUGCUGUUUGGUCUUUAAAAGUGAAAUGGCGUCGCUUCCGAUAGUUAUAAUUGCUUUGGCUAGUGUCCCAAUUAUUUUGUUCGUUAGAAUACAUUAUCAAUUCUGGGUUGAUAUCAUACGCUCAACAUACUCUUCUAGGUUUCUUUUUGGGCCGCUUAAUGAUCCAUUUCAAUUGAAGAGAGAAGAAGAUUGAAUUGAGGAGAGAAGUAAAGUUGAUUGAAAAUUAAUGCAGACUCUUUUAAUGGAAGAUGACAACUGGGCAAUUGUUUGUGUUUCUCAAAGUAACUUCAAGUAUGUGCUUUUUAAUGUUUCAACCUUCAAGUGUACCACGGUUUGAUACCAAAACUAAAUUCGUGUGUUGAGAUUGUGUUCUGAUUAUCCUAAUCAAAUUUCAUUAUUGUCCUUUUCUUUUUUGUUGAUUCAUGUUUAUCAAAUUUCAGUUGUAUUUUAGGAAUUUUAGGGAUGACAAUACUAACAUAUCUAUGGGUAUGGAUGGUCAAAGGUCCGAU